UUAAUGAAAAACCAAAAAGGAAACAAAUUAUGAGCUAAUCAAAAGACUGAUAUCGGUAUUUGAAGCUCGCAAAAUCGUGUAAGUUUUCGCCUUGUUUCAUCACGUUUCUAAUUGGAGGGAAAUCUUUGGAUAAUGAGUAACAAGACUGGGACAAGAAGUCCAGCGGCAAGAUUAAGAAGUCUGGCUUUGAGUAGGUCUGUUGGUAGACCAAAACUACGAAAAGCUUUGUCGGUAAACAGCGAAAGUGAGCUAUUAAAGGCAGUCGCUGGGACUUCACUUACGACAGGCAAAGAUUUCGGCGUGAGCAAAACCCCGCCUUUACAAAGGAAAGCACUAAGUGCCUCUGAAAAUGUACUUUCAAUCAAGUUACAAGCCAGUUCAUUUAAGGAAUACGACAGAGAAAUCACGACUUCAAGCAACCAUGCGGAAAACGUCGGUAAACAGCCAAGGAGUGGCAAAGAGUAUCAAAAAACAAACAGUUUGGAUCGUAAGGAUUUAAACUCGAAAAUACAAGAGAUAAUUCGCCAGAGUUUGUCUGCGCACCUCGAAAGUAUGGAAUACAAUCACGAAAUCUGCGGCAGCAAGUGUAGAACUAUAAGCCAAUCAAUAGAGAAAGGUGUCAAAUCUCUUUACAAUACUCAAUACAAAAUUACAGCUCUGGUUUACAUCGGCGCUAUUCGAGACCGAGGAAUUGAAAUCUCUAGCCAAUGUGUUUGGAAUCCGAAGACAGAUAACUUUGCGAUGGCAACACUUGACACCAAUUCGCUGUUUGCAACAGGGAUUGUUUUUGCUACGUUAUUCAAUGAUGACUAGAUGUUUGCCCGCCGAUUUUUAGUUCGUGAGGGAAUCUUGGCUCUCCCGCAGGAGAUGUUAUUAUUUUUUCACUUCAAAAAUAUCAACAAUAGAAAGAAACAGUGGGAGACAAGUUGAAAGAGUUAUUCAUUGAUAGGGAGAUAAUUGAUGGUGCGAUUAAAAUUAAAAAUGAGAAUGCUGUUGUAAAUUGUUUGAAAAUAGGCAGCGAGGCGCUUCAUUAAUCUUAAUUGUUUCUCAAGGUUCAAUAUCUCAGGAGAACAAAGAACUAAGUUCUCGAGUCCUUUCUUUCAAAGAAAGUCAUGAAGUGUAAAUGGUCAGAACUUUUAAUUUCAGUUUUAAGUUUUCAAUGUCAGUAUUUCGAGACUGCGUAGAACCAACAGGAGUUUUACAGUUUAUCGUAUCAAACUCAAUAAACAAAUUAAGGCCAUAUUCUAAAGCCAAAAUGCAUUUGUGCAACCUAUUUGGAUAAUUUAUUCACGUUGAAUCCACUGUUUGACUUUUUCGAAAGCGAGACUCAUCCACUGUGAAAAGAUUGAAAGUUUAUUCAGUUGACUCUUCAUGGUCCUUAGUGAGUGGUUCUUUUAAAGACAAAACAAAUGAUGGACAGGCAGACAAAGAAUCGCAAACAUCUCGGAUUUACUUCAUGUAAGUCAGAUAUCGUACAUUUUUGUUCUUGGACAUUAUCUGUUCCUCAAAGCUCACAAGUUUCCUCGAGCUUCGCUCUCAGAACUGACUGUUCGCAUCUUGUUUUGGAUAAUGUCCGCGGACAAACCGCCGCGCAUGUUAAAUGGAGGCUAUUGUUUAUAUUUCCCAAUAGGCAAUAUUUCUUCGAAACCAGAGGAAAACUCAAACGAACUGAAAAACAGGAAAAAGUCUAACAGAACCCAGUUGUUCAAAGGAGAGAUAAUUCUAUUCAACGGAUAAAUCGCUAUCCAACGAACAAGUUGUAAACAAAACGUACUGCGUUAUCCACUGAAUAGAGAUUGAUCAAGCACCAUUCACCUCCAAUUCGGUGAAUAAUUACUAGUUCUUCCAUUGAUAGGACUUUUCCUACCCUAUAUCAGCAAUUGGUGCACCCGGGGGUGGAAGUAACGGAAACAGUUAAAUAAAUUUGUGUACCGCUUUCUCAUGUCUGAAGCUCUAUAUGUGGCCACCGACAACCUGGCGCUGUAUAUUGGCUGGUCUCUGAGUUGUCUGCCAGAUGCAGCUGGAGAGCAAUUCAGCGCCCCCCUUCUCCAAUAAGCUAUCCCUUAUAAGCGCCAA